AUGAAUUCCAGUAUUUCUAUCGAUGCUGAUGACAGAGAGGAUCCCGAGGAAGAACCACAAGCAGAAAAUCCACAGGAGGCUGUGUACUAUAACGACUUGUCUGUAGCAAAGGACAUAAAUGUGUCUGAUCUUCUCAAGAUCAUAACACAGAAAGGGGCCAAGGAGAACGAGGGAUUUUUAAAGGAAUUUAAGUCACUUCCCUAUGGAGAGAGAUUUAAUUGUUUAACGGCAAAACUGGAAGAAAAUUUGCCUAAGAAUAGAUUUAAAACAACGUUUCCCUACGACCAUUCCAGAGUUGUAUUAGAGGUUGGAUAUGGCUUCACGUCUGACUACAUUAAUGCAAACUAUAUAGAAAAUAUGGAUGGACAACAUGAAUACAUUGCUUGUCAAGCUCCACGAGAAUAUACUUUGGUUGACCACUGGAGAAUGAUUUGGCAGGAGCAUGUAGAAUACAUCGUUAUGUUAACAAAUCUGAUAGAGGGACCAAAGGUAAAAAGUUACCAGUACUGGCCAGAAGAGGAUGAAGAAUUGGACAUCAAACCUUUCCGUGUAAAGUUGAUGGAUAAAAAAGUAUACGCCUAUUUUGUUAUAAGAAGAAUAAACGUGCAAAGGGACGGAGUCAAUGGGUCAAGGACAAUUGUACAAUUUCACUACACAAAAUGGCCAGACCACGGGACGCCCAAUCCGAUAGACCUGCUGACAUUCCUACGUCACUUUCGACACCAAAUACAACCAUCGCCACAUCCUAUCAUUGUGCAUUGCAGUGCCGGGGUAGGUAGAACGGGUACAUUUAUAGCCCUGGAUGUUCUGUCCAGAUAUGGGGAGAUUAAAAGGAAGGUCAACAUUGUGGAGUUCGUGAAGGCCAUGCGCCGGAACAGGAUGACAAUGAUUCAAAACAGUGAGCAGUACAUUUUUCUUUACCAUGCGCUCUACGAAUUCUUCAGACGACAAGGACAAUUUAUCGGAAAGGACACUUUUCUGAAGAUGUACGGAGAAUUGGAUAAACCAGAAACAAGGAAAGAUCUCGCUAACGAUUUCAACGCUCUCACAUGUUUACGACCGAAGUACGAAGUAAAAGAUUUCAAGACUGGGCAAGCUAAUCCAAAGCUAAAUAGGACACAGAAUGUUUUACCAGUUGAGAAGUAUCUGGCCCACUUAACAUCUAGCGUAAAAGGACGAGGAACAUACUACAAUGCCGUAUUUGUGUCGUCAUUCACACAAGCUGAAGAGUUUAUUUCUGCGCAAUAUCCGGUGACCGGUGCUGCGAUUGACCUUGUUCGCCUACUGGUUGAUCAUGAGUCUUCUUUUUUGGUUUGUCUCAACUCUUUGACCAUUAUAGAAGAGUUAAAGGAAUGGGCAGAAAGAGAAAAGAAGAUUAUUGAGUUAGGACCAUACAAAAUAGCAAAAGUCAUACAGACAACACUGAACGAAACGAUACGGAAGACCAGGACUGAAAUACAGAUCAGAAAUACAAAGGAGAAACAUGUGGUUCAAAUAUUUGAAUGUCUUGAUUGGAGUUUAAACGAGCCUUUUCCGGCAGAGAACUCAUCAUUAACAGACUUGAUAAAGCAUAUUAGCCUGGAUAGAAAAUCUUGUUAUGAUGGUCAUAUCACUGUUUUAUCGAAGGACGGGGCAUCAUGUUGUGGAGUAUUCAUUGCUGUUUAUAACGCCAUACAACAACUACAACUGGACAACGAGGUGGACAUGUUUACCAUUGUACAACAACUACAUUGUCGCAGACCGGAAAUGAUUUCCACAAAGGAAGAAUAUGAGUUCUGCUUCAAGUCCGUUUGUAAUUAUCUCUGUACGGAUUGUACGUAUGCUAACACUUAACUUGGUGAUACAAUUUGCAUUUUGACGAUGCAGGAGUAUUUUAUUUAAAAAGCAAUUUGUUCAAAGAUCCUCUAAUCAU